UGUACUAGCAUCACUGAACAGCUGAUUCCCAUAGGGAAGCCCUUUUUUAUUUGUGUAUUUUUUACCAAGUUCUUUUUAUAUAUUUUUUUAAUUUUAUUUUAAUAUACUUUUAACUUAAAUUUGUUAUAAAUAAUAGAAAUAAAACAACGCGAAUACGAAUAAUACAUAUUUUUUAUAAAAACAAAAAUUUCUAUAAUAUAAUAAAAAGAAACAAAUCAAAGCAACAUCCAUGAGCGAGGAUAUAGAUUUUUAAACUGCGACUUCCUUUACUGGAUGUUGCAUGAACUACUUAACCAUUUUGCUGUGCAAUCGUAAACCACCAACGAUGCUCUCACGCCGGAGCAAAGAUAAACAGACAGCACACAAAGAGGGCGUUGUGGGGAAGUAUGUCAAGAAGGAGACUCCUCCCGAAAUACCCGUCAUAAAUGUUUGGUCUUUCGAUGAUCAACGUACAAAACAGAAAUCAAAGACUUUACAGAGAUGUGCUUCGGCCUCGCCCAGUUGCGAUGGCGUUGGUGGUGUUGGUACUGUAGGUGGUAGGGGACGUUCGGGUAGUGUUAGUCGUAAUACCUAUACCGAUACACAGCCGGACUAUUAUCAUGCUCGUAGAGCAAAAUCUCAAUUACCACCCUCCACGAACUCAAUGCGUUCAACUUUGCCUCAACCACCACAAUCAACACAGCCAACGAGGCGUAUGCCGCAGUAUCAACAGCAGCAUCAUCCGUCGCCCAUAACCUCACAUUCGUUUUAUUCGACUAACAAUUUAGAAAUGUCACCGGGUCAUAGUCACAACAACAACAAUAAUUUGAGCAGCAGUAGCAGUAAUUAUGUGAAUAUAGAGCAGAUCGAUCGUAUGCGUCGCCAGCAAUCGUCUCCGCUGCAGCAUUCACAAUCAAGUUACUUUCAACGCAGCUAUUCGUCCAAUCAAAAGCAUGCCAAUUCUUUUGAUGGUCAUACUAAUAUGAUGAGAGAACGUUUGGAUUCUAUGCAGUCGAAUAUGUUGAAAUUGCCUAGGGGAGCUACACCAAGACCUCAAACACCACCUCAUCAUUAUCAACAACAACAGCAGCAGCAACAUCACCAAUUGCAACAGCAGCAACAACAACAUCAUCAACAUCCUCCCUUAACACAAACCUAUUCCUCCGAAUCGUGUCCCAUUUAUGAGAAUCCAUUUCGUGUGUCAAAUACUCUCCUACCGCCUUCCUUAACUAUGGCCGAAUCACAAAUGUCCUUGUCCACACAUGGCAAUCGUUCAGAGUCGCCUAUUUAUAGUAACACCACCUCAAUGGCCAGUAACAUAAAUCAUACACAUCAUCAACAGUAUCAACAUUAUCAACCUCUACAGCAUCAAAUCCAUCAGCAGCCACAUCAUAAUUAUAAUCAGAAUAACAAUUCUAAUACAAACCAAAUGAUGUCUUCUUAUGAUCUCAGCUCACGU